CGAAAGCUAUCAAAACGAAAGACAACUCCAGCAACAAGUUGUCAUAGACCAUGAUGUCGGCUUCCUGCUUUCGAUUGGUUCUUUUGACUGUAGCGAUUUUAUGCACAUCCCAGGCCCUCAACAUUACAAUUAUUGACGAAGCCACGCCUGCUGAUCCUGAAGAAGAGAAUGCCUUCCAAUAUGAGACCCUUCCCAGAUGCAAUAUGACCACAAAGGAGCUAGUAGGAGUGGAUGAUUCAGCCAUAAUCGAUCCUUGCAUCUUGUACGAUGUCUCUCCGGAAGUACAUGACUUUCGAAGCAGCAUCAUCACCAUUGUGGGUGUCUUUCCCUCUGGAUGUGACGAACACCGGGAUGGUGCCCUUGCCGCGGUGGAGCAACUCAACGGGGACAACAAUGGCAAGGGGGCCAAGAUUGGAUACAACGGCAACCACUACCUUCAGUUCCGAUAUGUAGUUGUAAUCUCUGGCAACUCCCAGCAAUUGCCUCCUGAUGUCUAUGCUAGAAACCACGAGGGUCUUCUAGAGGCUACGGUGAUGUCACUCCAGCCUCAAUACAUCAUGGGUUCCUGCUCUUACGUCGCCAAACAUGACAAGAGGAUUGCUGGCAAGUACCAAACUAUACUAUUGAGCCAGGUAGGGCCAGACAUUUUCUACACUCAAGAUUCCAAUGACUAUGUGUUUGGUGUUCACAUUCGAAGUGAAACUUAUGGCAUACCUGCCUUUCAGGCAGUGAAGUUCAGUACCAAGGACAAGAGCAAGCAAAAGAUCCGGAUUCUACACCGUGACAGGUCUCAGUUUUUCAACUCUACAUGCCAGGAGAUCUACAAACAUGCUCUACAGGACGGAUUCACAGAUACUGUAGCUAUCUCCUACAAUCCCCAAGGAGAUGAGGACAAUGAUGGGGUGGACAACCAGCAUGAUGUACCUUACCUACAAAGCCUUGCCGACCAAGCGUGUCCCCCAAACCAAACCAGCCGCAGUGACGACCCACCAGUUGCCAUUUGGGCAUGUGUCAUGACAGACUUGGAAACCAAUACUAUUUUGGACCGCUGGAGAUCCAACGGAUGCCAACCAUCAUCUCUGUGGCUGCAUGCUGCUGCCAAGGCUUAUGCAACCCGGUACCCUGAGAAUGUAGCCUACAUGCAAGCAGGUGCACAAUGGCACAAGGCAAUGGCUUAUUCAGAUGAGUACUUCUCCAAUGGACAGGCCAUGCUGGACUACAUAGAAGACAGCCAUGGCUACAAGCCAGACUAUGAUGCACUGGGUACAUACCAUGCUGUCUACCUCGCGUACAAGAACACAGCAAGCUUCGUCAAAACCAAAGACAACCCAAACGUUCACGAUGUGUAUGCAAACCAGUAUGAGGAAGUCCGGCGCCACCUUUUGGGACUGAGCGUGCCCAAGUCACUCUUUGGGCCAACCAGCUUUGAUGAAAACCGGCGAAACAUUGGUCGAGGCUCAGCUGGUAUGCAGUGGGGUUUUCGUCUUGAUUCAUCCGCCAAUGAGAGCAAAUUGGAGAAGCUCCUUGUCUCGCCAAUUGACCAAGCCGAAGCAACAGUUGUAGUGCCAGCUCCUACAGCACUUGACUGUCCAGCAGGCCAGUUUGUCAACAUGUCUGCCACUGAUAGUGCAUUGCUGGAAGACAAAUGCAGUGCAUGCCCUGUGGAUACCUACCGAUCCUUGGACAUGCCAUCCCAUUUCUGCCAGCCCUGUAAAGAUGGAUCAGGGACGGAUGGAGACACUGGAGCGAAAAUCUGCCAUCAAGUGGAGGACAACCUUAUUCCCAGGGGCCUCUUGAUCUUUGGAUACUUCAUCAUGGCUCUAUCCUUUUCUUGUUCUCUUGGCUUUGGAGUUUGGACCAUUGUUCAUCGAAAUGAUGCUGUGGUCCAGAUUAGCCAAAUGGAGUUUCUUCUCUUGCUCUGUCUAGGUUCGAUCAUUUCCACCUCCUCCAUCAUUCCACUCUCCAUCCAAGCACGGACAGAAGAUGAUACUAUGGCUGCCUCUGUGGCUUGUGUCGCCAUUCCCUGGCUCUACAGCACUGGAUGGAUCAUCCAGUAUUCCAGUAUGUUUGCCAAGUCGUACCGAAUGUUUCAAAUGGUACAAAACUCCAAUAACAUGCGCCGUACAGCUGUGACAGCCUUGGAUGUGGCCCACAUUGUUCUUGUGUGCCUGGUCAUCAACUGGGCAUUGGUGACUGCCUGGACCAUAGUGGAUCCACUGACUUGGACGCGAGAAGAUCAAGGGACCAAUGUUGAUGAAGAAGCUGGAAUAUUGACGGAGGAGUCAGUGGGCAAAUGUUCAUCGGACUACAUGACGGCUUGGCUUGGGUCCUUGCUGGGCUUUCAUUUGACCAUUAUGAUUGCCACCAAUGUACUCCUUUGGCAACUCCGCACCGUGAGUGACCGGUACCAAGAGUCCAAAUUCAUCACGUUGGCAUCUCUAUUUGCCUGUGAAUUUCUGUUGCUAGGAAUUCCCAUUUUGAUUGCCGUGGGUGAUUCUUCCGAGGCCCGCCACAUUGCCUUGGUGUGCAUUAUUGGAUUUACCGAUCUUGGAGUGCUGCUCAUGGUGUUUCUGCCCAAGAUUGGGUAUCAACGCCAGGGUCUCCCAGAAGGCAUUUCGGCCGCGAGUAGCCUUUUCAAAGCCAGUGCUCGGCCCAGCGCUCGGCCCAGCACUCUGAAUUUCCAAGCGAGUUUUGCCAACUCGAGUUUUGCCCACUCCAGUUUUGCCAACUCGAGUUUUGCCAACUCGAGCUGUGCAUUCUCUGGUAUCCGGGAAAUGCAAAAGGAACUGGAGCAGCUGUGCGAAGAAGAAGAACAAGAAUUAAAAGGCGCGGUACCAAGAACACCCAAAGAACGCAAUAUGCCUGCUUCGAGAACCGAGACUACGGCAUGCAAGUCUUCCGAGUUUUACGUAAUGGACGAUUCCAGCGCGUCCUCCGAGAACGAUGAGAGUCCUACCCUGCAAGCAUGAGACGAACAUGUGCUAAGGGGCGGGGGACCAGAUUCAAGUCUCGCACAAGAGGGGCAGUGUAUAAUAUCAACACUUCCGACUGGUACCUAGAUAGAUAGAUGUUCUCUAUAUAGACAUUUAAAAGUUCAUCGAUCUUCUGUAUCCGUGU